AUGUGCCACGAUGUAACUCUAGCCAUCAUCGGCCUCCUCUAUGAGAUUGCGGACAACUGCCUAAUCUACCUCGCCGACUGCCCGGCCGCCAACCACGUGGAUUUCGGCGCCCUCACGGCUCAGCUGGGUGACUCGCUGAAAUUUAAGGACAAUCUGGCCUCCGCCCAGUUCUUCAUCUUUAGUACCAUUCUCUGCGCACAGUACGCCAGUGUGAAUACCCACAGGGCUUCCGCAGACUCUGACGAUCAGCAAAGCAUUGCCGAGCUGCAGCUUUUCGUGCAACUCUUAAAUUUCUUCCUGAGCCAUGAAUUCGAACUGCGCCUUUACAGAGACCCCGCAACCGAGCCAAGUAGGAACGGAACUUCGGUCAACCCCUCUCCUCUCGGCGCGGUGGACGUGACGAUCAUCUGUCUGGGCUAUCUUCUGCCACUUUUGAAAGAAUCCAUCCUCAUGGAACCUGAUUUUUGCUCAAAGUUCUACUCCCUCGUGAGCUACGCCCUGGAGCUGCGCGCCGAGGGUCUGGUCCACCUCUCGGACAGCAAUAUAGCCUAUCUGGGACGCCUGGUGCGGCUGGGCCUCUUUCAAAACUCCACCACUGUCACUGCCGCACCCCAGGCCUCCGUCAGCAUCGGCUGUCUGGAGGUUAUC